GUCGGGUCUCCACGGGCUCGGGUCGUCGGGGAGGACCAGGCCUCUGCGCCUUCUCAAGGCGCCCCGCAAGGCCGCAGGCAAGAUGAACAUUCUGGCGCCCGUGCGGAGGGACCGCGUUCUGGCAGAGCUGCCCCAGUGCCUGAGGAAGGAGGCCGCUUUGCACAUGCACAAAGACUUCCACCCCCGCGUCACCUGCGCCUGCCAGGAGCACCGGACAGGCACCGUGGGCAGAUUUAAGAUCUCCAAGGUCAUUGUGGUGGGGGACCUGUCAGUGGGGAAGACUUGCCUCAUUAAUAGGUUCUGCAAAGACACCUUUGAUAAGAAUUACAAGGCCACCAUUGGAGUGGACUUUGAGAUGGAACGAUUUGAGGUGUUGGGCAUCCCCUUCAGUCUGCAGCUUUGGGAUACGGCUGGACAGGAGAGGUUCAAAUGCAUUGCAUCAACCUACUACCGAGGAGCUCAGGCCAUCAUCAUUGUCUUCAACCUGAAUGAUGUGGCGUCCUUGGAACAUACCAAGCAGUGGCUAGCUGAUGCGCUCAAGGAGAAUGACCCUUCCAAUGUGCUUCUCUUCCUCGUGGGUUCCAAGAAGGACCUGAGUACUCCUGCUCAAUAUGCGCUAAUGGAGAAAGACGCACUCAAGGUAGCCCAAGAGAUUAAGGCUGAGUACUGGGCAGUCUCAUCUCUCACUGGUGAGAACGUCCGGGAAUUCUUCUUCCGUGUGGCGGCACUGACCUUUGAGGCCAACGUGCUGGCUGAGCUGGAGAAAUCGGGGGCCCGGCGCAUUGGCGAUGUUGUCCGCAUCAACAGUGAUGACGGCAAUCUCUACCUAACUGCUAGCAAGAAGAAACCCACAUGUUGCCCAUGAGGGGUGAGGAGACUAUCCAGAGACUGCCCAGCCCUGGGGCACUGGGUCACCUUCACUCUCCCAGAGCUCGACCCCUGGACAUUUGCACUGACUGUUUUUCCAGACCAAAGAGCUGCCCCUUAGUGGCAGUAUCCCCAGAGGGGUAGCUGGGACCAUGCUAGUCACUUCUUGCCCUCAGACACCAUGCCAAAGACUGGAUGCCCCCCAGCUCCUCUGGGGGCUCUCCAGGGUACCCAGUGGUAGUAGGGUGGGGAGUGUCCCUGUUGCUUUGCUCAGCCUGCUGGGUCCUUUGGAUAUGAGGAUACCUAGUGAAUCCAGCCUCAC